GUUUGGAAAGCGAACAGAAAGCACAAAAAGGCAAACCAUGUUUGGUGCAUUCCGAUCUACCAUUGCGACUCUGGGCGGUCUUGUAUGGAAGCGACGUUUCCGCCUGACAGAUACCCAAAAAUAUCGCCACAGAAAGAGGCUAAGGGCAGUAGACGAAGUUGUAGAUACGCUGGUAGAGAGUGGAGUAAAACUGCGGGCUCUGGAAUUGGCACGAAGGGCGCCAAAGGAGAGCGAAAUGAGUCCGUUGGAAAAGUAUUGGGUAGCCUCCAAACGGUAUCGAAAUGGAAUCAAGCCUAUACACUGGGUGCCUCACUGGACAAAAGUUCCACAUGGCAGAAGAUGGACUCCAAGUGUUGUUCACCACCGUCGAGGACCUCCUGGCAAAUAGAUCGACUGGCAGAGUAGGAUGGUUAGGCAUACUAGAUGGGGAGGGGUUUGCAUAAUACAUUAUCGGGGCGGAUAAAAUGCGUAUGACUGGGAUCGGGCAUGAUUUAAGGUGGUUUUCGUCAGCAACGCUGUGUAUAUAGUCAAUGCAAUAGUAAAGUCUAACGCAAAAGA